GAGAGGGAACAGAGAGAAUCGCUCACAGCGGACAGGAGAAGCUACCGUGGACGCAGAAACACUCCGUAAAGGAAGCUUUAAACUCUUUAUUUAUUUAUUUGUGGAGUAUUUAUUUUGUUUGUGUGAAAGAUGAAUGGAGUGACGAGAAGCCUGUGCACGUUUGAGGACAUCAGAAGUCAAGAAUAUGGGGAGGGCUGCAGGCGGCUGAGGCUCACGCUGCACGACCAGAACCAGGCGGCUCGGAGCUCGGAACAGACCAGAGACAAGCCCAUCGGGAGAGCUUUUGCGUUGGUGCAGCCGGCCGCUGACAGAACAGCUUCCACCCCUGAACCAGUGAAGUCCACAGAGGAGCAGGUGGAGGUUAUAAAGGUUUAUCUAGAAGCCCGCAGACAGGAGCAGCAGAAACACCAGCAGAGUCUGAAGAUGCUGUCGGAUGAAGUUUCACAGAUACAGGAGGUGAGGUACUGUCUGAAGAAUCUGAGGGAGCAGAUGGCGGCUAAAAACAAGCCGCACACAAACGGGUGGAAGGUCGGCAUUCCCUUCAAAAAGAGCAGCUCAACUGCACCCAAAGGUGGCGCCAAGGCCGACGUUCAGGAUGCAGAUGAUGAAGCAGAGAGAACCAAACUGAGGGAAGUCAGCAAACGGCUUUAUGCACAGCUGCAGGAGGCAGAAAAGAAACAUCUGGAGGAGAAAGAAAGGCUGCAGGCUGAAAGCAGCAGGCUCAGGGAUCGUCUGAGCGACCAGGAGGAGAAGCUGAAGGUCUCGGAGGAAGCCGGCGAGAGGAAAGACCGUCGCAUCGAGGAGCUGCAGAGGCUGCUGGGAGGGAUGGAGCAGGAGAGCGCCACCCUGAGGGAGGCGAUCCGCAACCGAGAGGACGAACUACGAGAACUACGCAAGAUCAGAGAGGAGGGCCACGGUGGAGAGCAGAGGGCCGAGCAGUUGGAGAAGGAGGUGGCGAUUCUCAAGGAGAAGAUCCACCAUCUGGACGACAUGCUGAAGAGCCAACAGAGGAAAGUCAGACACAUGAUUGAACAGCUCCAGAACUCUCGCAUGGUGAUCCAGGAGAGAGACCGUGUGAUCAAAGAGCUGGAGGAGAAAGUGGCAUUUUUGGAGGCUGAGAACCGUGAGAUGCAUGACCAGAUGGACUACUUUCUGGGAGGACAGAGGUCAAAUACCUACCUUUCGUCUGACCGUAACGCCCAGAUUGUCUACAGCAAACCCAUCAAGGUCUCAAACUCGUCAAACAAGCCGCUUCCGUUCAUCAAAGUCAUCGAGAUCAAGUCGUGAAGCGGCUCUGCAGGAGGAAGCGUCCAGUUACUGUUUUAGAAGACAAAGAAGAAGGGCUCGGAACCACCAAACCUUUAGUGUGCAGAGUGAAACCAAACGUCAGCUCUACUAACCACCACCGAGUGAAUAUCUGCAAGACUGCAUUAAUAAUAAUAAUUCACCUUUACAGCACUUGAAGGAAACAGUUUGGCGACGCACUCUGGGGCUCGUGUGUUUGUGCAUAAUGAAUCAGCUUUAACGUAGAUACUCAAGUGUCCUGAUUUCAUGUUUGAACUUUGAGUUUAUGACAUUUUGUGCAUCGAAAGCGUGCAAAGUACAGGAUAAAGCUCAUACAGCAGUGUAGCAUCAUUAUACUGUCAUUAACUCCACUGUCAUGUACAAAUCUUUAACUAGAUGAUCUAAAUUGUGUUAUCAGUCGCCCAAACUCGACUCUGUUCACCUGCCGAGUGAACAGUUAAGAUGCUUUAACCUGUAAAUACUGAUUGUAGCCUCGAAAAAGAUGAAACCCUGUGAUUUUUUUUGUAGCAGUCGGCUACUUUUUAUGUUUUUGAGUUGUUUUUUUCAUAAAUAAAUGGUCUUUAAGCCCCUUAAUACCAACAUGGCACUUUAUGAAACCGUGAAGAAGCAGAAGGAUAAAUGAAGAUGUUCAGAGAAGCGUAAAGCAUUUCAGUUCCCUGUCAGUGUGUUUUAUUUGUUUUGUACAUUUUAUUAUUAAUGAAUGUGAUUUGAUGUUUUGAUUUCAAUGUAACAUCUUUUCUCCUUUGUAUUUAUUUAUAUUCGCCUCUAGGAAGCCUGCUUGGUAGAGGAGCUUUUGUAUGAAGUACUUCUUAAUCUGUUAUCUGUGUUUGUGGUUUUCAAAAUAAAGUCCUCAAAUGUUAA